AUGGACACGCUGGCUCAGUUCCCAGAAAUCCCAGCGGCUCCUGAAGAGAAUCCAUCAUUAAUAGCUGUGUUUGUUUUUCCCUGCAGCUCGUCUGACAGGCUCGCCAUCAUGCCCCGCCCCUCACUGUUCCUCCUCUUCCUCCUCUUCCUCCUGGUCCAAUCGGCCUCUCUUUCUGCCGACAACGCCAAUGAGGAUCUUCAGGAGGUGACUCUGGCAGCCAUCUUGCCUCUGACUAAUACGGACUAUGCGUGGGCGUGGCCUCGCGUGGCGCCGGCGCUCCACCAGGCGGUGCAGCAGGUGAACUCUGACCCCUCGCUGCUCCCGGGCUUGAAGCUCCAGCUGGUCUACGGCAGCUCCGAGAACCGCGACGGCUUUUGCUCGGACUCCAUUGCGCCACUGGUCGCCGUCGACCUCAAGCUGUCCCACGACCCCUGGGCCUUCAUCGGCCCCGGCUGCGACUACUCCUCCUCGCCCGUCGCCCGCUUCACAACCCACUGGGACGUUCCCAUGGUGACAGCCGGCGCACGCGCCAUCGGCUUCGAGCACUAUGCAGCGGUCACCAACACGGGUCCCACGCACAAGAAGCUGGGCGAGUUAGGCGAGAGGAUCCAGGAGACGUUCGGCUGGCGACAACACGCCAUGCUCAUCUUCAGCGACAACAAGGACGCCAACGACGACCGGCCAUGUUAUUUCGCUGUGGAGGGGCUCUACACGCUGCUCCUCAAACGCAACAUCACCAUCCGCGACCACGUCAUCGAGGCCGACAACGUCAACUACAAGUCGGUGGUCCAGGAGAUCCGGGACAACGGCCGAG